AUGAUCGGUCAUUGGCAAUUUGAAAAUGCAUCAAAAUUAGGACACGAUUCGACCGGCAUCAUCAGCGAUGAUCGGCUCUCUCUGACUGGUCAUCCGCAACAAGAAACAUGCUUUCUCGGUCCAUGUCUUCUUCUCGACGGUCGUUCAUCGAUUAAUAUUCCCGUUCAUGAUAUUCGACAAUAUCAAACCGAUACAUUUUGUGUAUCGCUAUGGCUCAUGGACACUUAUCCAGGAGGCAUCAGAUGGCGAACAGCUAUCGGCUCUUGGCAGCAUCCAUUCAAUGCUUGGCUUCAUUUGGGUGUCAAUCUUUGUCGUGUACUUGAAAAUCAAGUAAUGAUAUCAAACGGUUCUGUAUAUUUCUUUUGUGGUGCUCCGCAUCGUAUGAUAAAAAUACUUGGUAUCAUGUUGUGGCUCAAGUUUCUCGUAAUAGGCAACAAUUAUUUGUUGAUGGUCAACUUCAAUGUAAUGUUGAUAUGACUCGAAGAACUGAUGGUGUCAUUGAUUUUCCUCAAUACUACCAUUAUGAAGAACGAUGGUAAGAUCAACAGAUACAAAUGCCUCUCACAUUGCAUAUUGGUGUCAAGAUGACAAUGGAAAAUUUCUGGCAUGGAUGCAUUGCCGAUGUUGCAAUAUUCGAUCGAUGGCUCGACCCGAUCGAAAUUCAAAUUAUUUGGAAGCAGCGUGUUCCACUGACUAAAUUGAACACUAUGGGUCAAUACAUUUUGAAUAAUCUUCAAAGUCUACAAUCAUUUACUUGACAAUUAACUGAUAUUUCAAGUCCCAGAUCAAGAAGUACAGGCCGAUUUCGGCAGAAAAACACUGGAAACCACUGAAAAAUGAAAGCAGUAUUCUGGCCUAAAAUUUUUCGAUGAUUUUCAUUCGGUGCCUGCCGAAAAGCACUGAAAGCUGACAGGAAUCCUUCAGGAAAUAUUCAACCAAUUUUCGACCGGAAUACUGCUUCCAUAUUCCAGCGAUUUUCGGUGUUUUACUGCAGGAUACGGUGACUUUUCCGCAUCUUUCGUGCCAACUUCUGCGGAAUCCGGUGGCUGGAAUCUUUGAACUGGAGUAAUUUCAAAAACAAACAUCAGUGAUAAUUAUACCAAAGAUGAUUGUUGUUCCUGAUCAUUUGUUCUUGAUGGAUUUUAAAAAAAUAAUUUGAAAUCGAAUAGGAUUCGUACAUUGAAAAGGAUAUGGGUGUGGGAUGUGGGUGGGAGUGGUUGUGGAUGUUCAGAAAAAGUUAUAUCCACAGCCACAGCCACAGCCACACCCAACUCUGCUCUAUCUAUGAUUAAAGCGGCAGAUCUCUAUCAUGU